UGCGAGUCCGAGGUGUUCCAGGCGUGCGUGGCCUGGGUGCAGCAGGACCGGGCGGCUCGGGGGCCCUUCCUGCCGGCCCUGCUCCGCGCCGUGCGCUGCCACGCGCUCACCCCGCGCUUCCUGCGGGCGCAGCUGCGGCGCCGCGACGACCUGGGCCACGACGCCCUGCGCUACCUCGCCCGCGUCUUCCGAGACCUGGCCCUGCACCGCCCGGCCCCCCGGAUGCCCCCCGGCAGGACCCCCAAAGUCCGGCAGCUGAUCUACGCGGCCGGCGGGUACCUGCGGCAGUCGCUGAGCUGCCUCGAGGCCUUCGACCCGCUCGGGGGGUCCUGGGUGAGGCUGGCGGCCCUGCAGAGCCCCCGCUCGGGGCUGGGGGGCUGCGCCGUGGGGGGGCUCUUCUACGCCGUGGGGGGACGCAACAACUCGCCCGAGGGCAACACGGACUCGGCGGCCGUGGACUGCUACAACCCCAUGACGGACCGGUGGUCGCCCUGCGCGCCCAUGAGCGUCCCCCGCAACCGCAUCGGCGUCGGCGUCAUCGACGGCAUGAUCUACGCCGUGGGGGGGUCCCACGGCUGCACCCACCACUGCUCCGUCGAGAGGUGG